UCUCUCUCUUCUUUCAACUUGACAAUGCCCGGUGUCACCCUCAAGGACGUUGAAUCGCACGCAUUCGUGAAGGCAUACGCCGCUCACCUCAAGAAGUCUGGCAAGGUUGAGCUGCCCAAGUACCUCGACCUCGUCAAGACCGCCGUCGGCCGCGAGCUCCCCCCUUACGACCCCGACUGGUACUACGUCCGCCUUGCCGCCAUUGCCCGCCGCCUCUACCUCCACCAAGGCCUCGGCGUUGGCGCUCUCCGCGUCCAAUUCGGUGGCAAGAAGCGCCGUGGCGCCAAGCCCCCGCACGCUCACCUCGCCUCUGGCUCCGUCAUCCGCUCGGCUGUUCAGCAGCUCGAGAAGCUGAAGGUUGUCGAGAAGGACGCCGAGGGUGGCCGCCGCAUCUCCCAGACUGGCCAACGCGACAUUGACCGCAUUGCCAGCCAGGUCGCCACUGCCGCCAAGAAGUAAAAAAGCGCCGAGAGCUUCACUUGCCGUUUGCGCCUGCAAACUCAUUGUUGUGAUUCUUGCGUUUAUCAUCCGUGUGUUGCGUUAUCGGAUUAAUUUUUUCUUUGGAGAAAGUGAUAAAAAAUCAAAAUACUAGACUUUAGCCACAGGAAA